CCUCCUUUGUGGCAAGGCACAAGCCUUGUUGUCUCGGUGAGUUCGUAGGACCGAUGGACUUAACGCAUAGAGGGCUACCCGACUGGUAGGGUCUUCUUUUGUUCUGGCGGUGUUCGUCCAUCUGAGCCCUCAGUCACCUUGUCCGAUUGAUUCGAACUUAUUCCUCGAAUCUCUCCGCCUCCGAAUUUUACCUUUGCAUCACAACAUACGUGUCCGACCUUUGAUUUUUGCUGCAAUGUCAGGCCCUCAGACACACUCGGCAGUGCCUGGGUCCAGGGAUAGCACAACCCCAGUGCCAGUGGAAGAACAGAAUGAUGUGGAAAGGCAGUCGAAUUCAGAGACAAAGCGUCUGGAGCAUCCGCUUCUCUAUGACGCGACGCCGGCUACGGUUUUGGUUGACUUCGAAGGCACGGACGAUCCUUACCUGCCGAUGAACUGGCCAUUCCGGAAAAAGGUCCUCACAACUCUCUUGUAUGGAUUCACCACCUGCUGGAUCACGUUCGCCUCGGCCGUCUAUUCUGCGGCACUCGGACAAAUCUCAAAGGAAUUCGAAGUCAGUACUGAAGUAGCAGCAUCCGGUGUCAGUCUCAUAGUUUUUGGCUUUGGACUAGGUCCUCUCAUUUGGGCUCCUCUCAGCGAGGUAUACGGCCGAAAAUGGGUGGUUAUAGUGCCAUACUUUAUUGCAGCCAUUUUCUCCUUCGGAACAGCAACAGCAAAAGACAUCCAAACUGUUCUUAUCACUCGGUUCUUCACUGGCCUGUUUGGAAGCGCGCCCGUGACAAACACAGGUGGUGUCAUGGCGGACAUUUGGCCACCUCAACAGCGUGGCAUUGCCAUCGUCGGUUAUGCUAUCACCAUUGUCGGCGGACCAACACUUGGACCCAUUAUUGGAGGUGCCCUUACCUCGAGUUACCUUGGAUGGAGAUGGACCGAGUACUUGACCGGCAUCAUUAUGAUAGCGCAGGUUGUCUUUGAUGUUUUGUUCUUGGAUGAGAGUUAUCCACCAGUGCUACUUGCCUACAAGGCUCGUCGACUCCGCUUUGCAGGGAAGAACUUUGCGUUGCAUGCCAAGCAAGAAGAAUGGGAUCUUUCGAUUAAGGAGCUUUCGCAGAAGUACCUCGUUCGCCCCCUCCAAAUGCUGGGGACACCCAUCUGCCUACUGAUGAGUCUCUACGCGUCGUUUGUUUAUGGCAUCCUAUAUGCAAACCUCGAGGCCUUCUCUGUUGAAUUUCAGGAGAUUCGUGGGUGGGGACCUGUCGUGGGCAACCUUCCAUUCAUCUCGCUCCUCGUCGGAAUUUUCUUCGCUGCAGCGGUCAACAUCUACAAUAACAAGUACUACUUCAAAAAGUUCAAGGCAAAUGGCAACAAGGCCGUCCCCGAGGCUCGAUUGCCGCCAAUGAUGGUCGGAGGAUUUGCAUUCACGGCUGGUCUCUUUGUGUUUGGCUGGACCUCCUCGCCACAUAUCAACUACUGGCCUUCAAUCAUCGGCAUUGCUCUGACUGGAUUUGGAUUCACAACCAUUUUCCAGGCAGCCCUCAACUACUUGGUUGACACCUUCACUCGCUUCAGCGCCAGUGCUGUAGCAGCUAACACCUUCCUUCGGUCAAUGAUGGCAGGUGCAUUCCCGCUGUUCGUCUUGCCUAUGUAUCAUAACAUUGGCGUCAAUUGGGGGACCACGGUAUUUGGCUGCUUUGCAGCAAUUCUGAUCCCGGUGCCAUUCCUAUUUUUCUUCUGGGGAAGAGACAUUCGCGCUCGCGGACAAUGGAGCAAACACACAGUGUAG